AAAAAUUUGUGGAAGGCGGAGUUGGAGAUCCAGACACCAUGUUCUUCAAGAAAUAAUCGCUCGACGGCCGCUCCUCGACGAGCAUCACCCGACUUCGAGCUCAAAUCGCUGAAGGCGUCGGGUCGAGAGAAUCGCAAAAGGAGAAUGUCGUCGACUGAUGAGUCGCAAUGCGAGAACGGGGUUAAUGAUUCUAAAGGGGACUCGGCGUCGAAGAGGAUCAAAAUCGAAUCACAUACUCGCUGCUCACCCCGCAAGGAGGGUCGGUCGGUCGAGUCAACUAUGCAGCUCACCGUGCGCUCUGUCGAGAACCGAGAGGCGACACCCGACGAUGAUACCGUCGUCGAGCCCAAGACUGACGCGAGGGUUCAGGUGAAGGUUGUGGACGACACAGAAGGAACAACUCGAGCUCCGGCGGAACGAGCCCCACCACAGCAAUCUCCUGGCAGGAUCAGCCGCUCGAGCGAGGGCUAUCUGUACAAGACGGUUUCCCCGCCAAGCGAAGAAGGCGAUUCUUCGCUGGACCUCGUCCUUCAUGAAUCAGAAAUAGGCACCUACUUCGACAAGCCUACCCCUAACUGGCAGAGCGAUUUUUUCCGGAAAUGCGCCGAGCUCGUUGAACUGCGAUUCUCGAAGCCAAUCCGAACCACCUGUGUCAAACCAUUUUACGGAAACUUCAGUUCCUGUUGGCGAGACUGCAACGAAGCGUUACGUUUGGAAACCUCUUCUUUGCCGGCUCAUCGAGAGUUCCAGGCAACGAUCAGCGAUUGUGAAAACUGUCAAGAGGUUUUUUCCCCCGCUGAGACUGCAAUCCUUAUCCGAAAUUUCUUUCAAAUCGCGAAAGCUUAUAGCUUGAGGCAUCCAUAUCUACUUGCAUGCCUCCAAACCGGUUUAGAGACGAGAAAAGAAGUGUACGACUUCAAUAAGUUUAGAACCGCUCAUCAGCUGGUGGAGAAGCUCUGCUUGGAUCUUCCUGAGAAGAGUUCGCUUGGGUGCAUAGUACAGCUCCGCUCCAUUUUGACGCCCCAAGUCUUACCCUACACUGGUCUCGAAGCGGAAAAUGUUGUCGCGGAGCUUUUCGCGCGCUUUGGGCCUGACUGGAACACCAUAUCGAGAUUAACUGGAUUCAACCAAUUCACCCUGAAAACUAUGGUGGCCAUUGUACACAAUGUUGAUCUCGGAGUCGUUUCCCCUCAGGUCUGGUUCGAAAUUCAUCAGAAAGUUCUGUACGUUGGCGAGUUCGGAGUUUCGACCGAUAUCACCAAGUGUCGAAACUUUGAGGGAGGCCUCGAAAGGAAGCGUCUGAGAUUACCAGCUUUCAACACACUAUACUCCCCGCUUCGUCCUUAG